AUGAACAUGGAGACUGAAUGCACCCCCGGCAGCCGCGCGAAUUUCUCCACCGUCUCAGUAACCGAGUAUCCAUCUCCGUCUGCACCAGCAUGGCCCGCCCCUGGCUUGGGCCCGGCCCCGGAGCCAGAGACAGAGACGGACACUCCCGCCGACUUCUCCACCCUGGACCUGACAGACUGGUACGCGCGGUACCUAGGCUGCAUGCGCGUCUUCCUGGCACAGAGCCAGCACACGCCCGCCGUGCAGGCACUGGCAUCCUUUCUCAACAUCCGACUGCCAGGGCAGGCCGUCGACGCAUCAACCGUCUCCGCCAGAGUGUACAUCCGCCGUCUGAUCGCCACGGGCCAGGAUACCCCGGCGAACCUGCAGCUGUUCUUCGGGGCGGACUGGGUGGCCGGUGUGGGCGGGAUCCGUCAGCAGGAGCGGCUGAAUUAUCUCUUCACGGCGAAAAGCGGGGGUUGGGCGUCGACGAAGAGCGCAUAUGAUAUCUUGCCUGACCAGCAGGUGCCGUUUCUGCGGCCGCUGCGUGAGCCGACGGAGGAGGAGCUGCGGGUUGCGGAUGCAAGGUGGAGCGAUUGGUUGGCGAUGGAGGAUUGGAUGGUGGGACCGAGGAGGCCUUGGUAG